GUUUCACAGUGAAUGGUGACCGGCAGGAGAAAUCACAGCGCGCUGAGUGUCGAACAGAAGUUCGCUAGGAACAGACCGGUGCGGUGAAGUUUAAAGCCCCGGGAUUAUUAUUUUCACUCAACUUGGACGCUGUGUGAAUAUUUUUUUUCCUUCGUGUUUCUCUUCAGACACUGCACCGGCAGGCACCAUGCCGCUGAACGUGGCCAGCAAGAACUACGACUAUGACUACGACUCGUACCAGCCCUACUUUUACUUCGACACGGAGGAGGAGGACUUCUACACGGCGCAGCAGCAGCAGGGCCAGCCGCCGGCUCCCAGUGAGGACAUCUGGAAGAAGUUCGAGCUCCUGCCCACUCCUCCUCUGUCACCGAGCCGGCGCUCGUCCUUCUCCAGUUCGUUCCCGUCUACCGCGGAUCAGCUCGAGAUGGUCACCGAGUUUCUCGGGGACGACGCGGUGAACCAGAGCUUCAUUUGCGACUCGGAUUCGUCGCAGUCCUUCCUCAAGUCCAUCAUCAUCCAGGACUGCAUGUGGAGCGGCUUCUCGGCUGCGGCGAAGCUGGAGAGGGUGGUCUCGGAGCGCCUAGCGUCUCUCAGGGCGGCCCGGAGAGCCUCGACUCCCAAACCCGAGAGCCCCGAGGACUCCGUCUCAAACGCCGGCUACUUACAGGACGUUAACAUGAACUCCGUUUCGGAGUGUAUCGAUCCUUCUGUGGUCUUUCCUUACCCGCUUUCUGAGUGUGUGAAGUUUAGUAAGGAGUGUGAGAGCUCUCUAAUGGACACUCCACCCAACAGCGGCAGCAGUAGUAGCGACAGUGAGUCCGAUGACGACGAGGUUGAAGAGGACGAUGAGGAAGAGGACGAGGAGGAAAUCGACGUCGUGACGGUAGAUAAAAGGAAAUCGGCGAAGAAAUGCGACUCGAGCCCGGUUGUACUAAAGCGGUGUCACGUGACCAGCCAGCAGCACAACUACGCAGCACAGCCGUGCACGAGGACGGAGCAGCCGGCUGUCAAACGGCUCCGCUUCGACAACGGCAGCGGCUCGCGGGCGCACAGACAUAUCAGCGCGAGCCGCAAGUGCACGAGUCCUAAAGCGUCAGACUCUGAGGAUAACGACAAGCGUCGGACUCACAACGUGCUCGAGCGGCAGCGGCGCAACGAGCUCAAGCUGAGCUUCUUCGCGCUGCGCGACGAGGUCCCGGCCGUGGCGAACAACGAGAAGGCAGCCAAGGUGGUCAUCUUAAAAAAGGCAACGGAGUUCAUUGAGGGCCUGCAGACUGAAGAGCGAAAGCUCCUGCACUCGAAAGAGCAGCUCAGAAAGAAGUGUGAGCACUUAAAAAGGAGACUAGAAAUGCUGAGCAGCUCCUGAGCCGCUCUGGACUGGGACUUUUUAAAGCCCUUGAGUUGUUUGACUUUGAUGGUGCUGCACUAAUAGGACUUGAACUCUUGCACCCCAUCAUGGCUGCAGAACUUGACCUUAAUGUAUUUACACUGCCUCGUUUGGCUUGGUCUCGGACUGUUUGUAUUUAAUUUUAUAUUUAGCAAAUGGACAGCAGUUUCCCUCACUGUUGGUCUUAACUUAAUGCUUUUUGGGUUAUUUUGUAAUUUUUGUACAUAUUUCCAGAUAUAUUAAGAUACUGUAAUUUGUCAAUCAUAAAUACAUUUCUUUAUAAAUUGCAUUUGAUUAA